UUCCUAUAGCAUAAUUAGUUGUAUACCUAGAGAAAUGGCAUGCAGGACAAAAACAUGUUUAGGUUUUCAUCUUUUUCUUUUGGCUGCAUGUUACAUGCAACAUUUUGUCAGUGGAAGUUCACCUAAAGUGCGAUGCCUUUUUAUUUUUGGAGACUCCUUCUCUGAUAGUGGAAAUAACAACUAUAUCCCAACAACUGCAAAAGCUAAUUACAGUCCAUAUGGCAUCGACUUUCCCAAAGGCCCAACUGGAAGAGAUAACAAUGGAAAAACAGAAAUUGACAUAAUUGGUGAACGACUUGGAUUGAAGAAAUUCAUCCCACCAUUUGCAAAUAUUUUGGGCUCAAAUAUUCUUCAAGGUGUUAAUUAUGCAUCUGCUUCGGCUGGAAUUCGUAAUGAAACGGGAAAGCGAACAGCGGGUACUAAUAUCGCCUAUGGACAACAAAUUGAAAAUCACAAAACUAUUGUUGCUCAAAUUGCUGCAAAGCUUGGAAGUGUUAAAAAUGCCAAAAAAUAUCUUAAAAAGUGUUUGUAUUAUAUUUAUAUAGGUACCAACGAUUACGCAUUAAAUUAUUUUCAACCCAAUCUCUAUCCAACAAGUAGGAUGUAUAACCCCAAGGAGUAUGCCAAAGUUCUUAUUGACCAGUAUUCUGUUUAUGGAAAGGUUUUGUAUAAUCUUGGGGCAAGAAAAUUUGUGGCAGUUGGGCUUGGAAAAAUAGGUUGUACUCCAAUGGUCCUAGCUAAUAGUAGCGUGAAUGGACCAUGUGUUGAAGAGCUAAAUGAUAUUGAAGCAAUAUUUAGUCACAAGCUUAGAUCUCUAGUAGAUAAAAUCAGUACUAAAUAUCCUGAUUCCAAAACUAUAUUUAGAAAUACUACCGCUAUCAUAUUAGACGGUUCACGUGGUUUUACCGUUUUGAAUGCAUCUUGUUGUCCAAUGAAAAAAUCUAAUGGAUUUUGUAUUCCUGAUUCAACACCAUGCCCGAAUAGAAGUGAAUACGUUUAUUUUGAUGGAAUUCAUCCUACAGAAGCGGCUAAUAAAUACACUGCAUCACUUUCUUACGACAGUACUAAUAAUCCAAAGAUAACUUAUCCAAUGGAUAUUAAACACCUUGCUCAUCUCCGUAUAAAAAUUAGUAAAAAUUACAUAUGUGUUCGUAAAUAAACUCAAUUUGUUUGCAUUACAAAACUAUCUACCCACUAUAUCAUGUGUAAACAAUAAGUAAUCAUAUAUUAAGUAGAAUAAACUAGGUUUACGGUUGGGGAUAAUAUCUCAUUGUCUUUAUAUUAAAAAAAAAAAAAAUUGUGUCGGUGUCGUAACAGAAUCGGCAAAGGGAACUUGUCAAAUAAGUAAUGUAUCUUGAUAUAUCAAGAAUUACUACAUUGUAGGCUAAGCUUUCCAAAGUCAUAAUUUGUGAAGGAAAAA